UCCUCCUCUGAUAUACGUGCAGGUCCGAAAGGGAUCGUGUUCUUAUCAUAGACUUGUUUUGUAUGAAAAAAAUAAAACAUUUCUCAGCAUAGCAGGGAUUGCUCCACCCUGCGGUGUUACCUCGUAAAGGUGAGGAGGUAAGGAGGGUGAAGAGAGUGAAAGCAGGUUGGUCGACCAGUUCGCUGCACGAAGGGCUUUGGAAACCUCGGCUCUACUUACUGGGUUGUCACACAACGGACCGGUGAACUUCCUAAUCCUCUUACUGCUCACCUGGGGGCGUGGCUCCGGGUGGACGUAGACUCGAGGAACUCUGUGUUCUGUUCACCUUGUUCGCGUUCAAAAUCAAACGUUGUGAAGAUGGAGGGUUCUGGAGUGGGAGAAGGUUCCCCCGCAUCCUCCGGCCCUGACCUGAGUCUGAAUAGUCCUCCCCUGAAGUCGCUUGGCCGUAGCUUGAGUGGCGGUUCUAGCAUGACGUCCCCUUUGAAGAGGAAGGAAGAUGGCGGGCCUGGGGAGACGCAGGGCAUCGGACUCCGACAUUCUAAAACACUACCAGCGAUAGCAUCCCCGGAUCGGAAGUUCAGCUUUGGUUCGAUACGGAGCCUGCGGAAGAGCAAGAAAGACAAAGAGAAGGAGCAGAAGACGGAGAAGGAGCGAGGAGAGAAGGUGCCAGAGGAGGAGGAGGAGAAGGAGAAGAUGAAGAUGAAGGAGGUGGUGGACAAAAGGGAGGAGGUAUCCGAGUUCUACACACUUCCCCAGGUCCUUUCUACCCCCCUGUCAGUGAUGGAGAUCAACAGGCUGAUUGAGGGGGAGAUCCUGGAGGAGGCCCACCUGAACCUCCUGUCUCUGCGGCAGGACUUCCAGGAGGCUCAGGGUGGGGAGGGGGAGGGCUCCGUGGAGCUGUGCAGGAAGGAGAAGGACCUGCACCUCCUCUACAGGGCGCUCAGGGACAAGCUGAAGACCGUCGUGCGCGACGCCAGCGACCCGCACCUCCUGCUGGCCGCGGCCCGCAUCGUGCAGGAGGAGGAGCGGCGGGAGGGGCAGCCGGGGGGGCUGGGGGCGCCGGGGGGCUGGAGGGGGGUAUGGAGGGAGGCGGUGGGGGAGGGGGUCCACGCCCUGGUGGCCGGCGUCCCCCUGGACGGCCCGGAGCAGGAGCCCGCCUGGCUGGGGGUGCACCUGGGCCUGCUGGGUCAGGCCCUCGUGCAGCACCUGGAGAAGGUGAAGAGGGACCUGCGCUGGGCCUACCCGCCCAGCUUCCAGGUGUUCAGCGCCUACGUCGGGGCGCAGCGCCUGGAGGUGGGGCAGCACGUCACCAAGCUGCAGCCCCAGGUGAAGGAGCUGAAGGAUCUCUACGCCCUGCUGGACUGGAUCCUGAACGCCUACCAGAGUGAGAGAAUCAUGGGUAGCCCUUGCCUCCAUCCUGAGAUGAAGUUUGAGUCCAUGGAGCUGAUCCUGGAUGAGGCCUUCCUCGAUCAGCUCAGAGACCAGUACUGCAGCCGGCUCCAGAUCGACCUGAGAUUCUCCCUUGAGAAAAUUAUAGAAAUGGAAAAAGAGUUCUGGACGGAGAAGAAGUCCUACGAACUGGAAGAGGGAUGCCUCAGUUCUCCGAGUGAACUGGACAUCCGGACGAGAGUCCAGGGAAUAGUCACCUGGGCUAGACGACUGGACGCCCAUCUGGAGCUGAAAGCCAUCCGCUCUUGUUGUGAAGAGCUGAAACUAUUUCCCAAGAGGUUCGAGGAGGCGUUGAUGAGCUGCUGUAGCUCGGCUGAGGUUAAUACUUUGACUCCCGAACUCAGGGCCAUGUACCUAAUCACCUCCAUCAACACCUUCAUCCUUGUCAAGCAGCACAUGGAGCAGCACCGGGCCAGCUGUCCCCAGCCCGUCGCUGACUUCAGCCAGGAGGUGGACCUCCUGCUGGGGAGGCUGGCCCUCCGCCUGGAGGACCGGUACAAGGACGACAUCGAGCCCUACAUGAGGAGGAUGAUGACCAGGAAGUGGCUGACCAAAGAUGAAGACUUCAAGAGGCUUCAGAUACGGACGCAGCUGCUCUCAGAGCAGUGCUCCCAGAUGAGGCCUCCCACUGUCCAGGGGCUGGUGGACCGACUGCACCACCACGCGGCGAAGGACUACAUCUCCCAGCUCAUGAAGAACUCCUACUCCUGUAAGAACAGGAAGCAUCAGAAGGGGGCGGAGAAGCUGCGGCGGCAGUGGGAGAAGCUCAGCGAACUGUUUAUCAACAUGAAUUCCACACAUGAGUGGCUCCAACCUCUGGGUGACCAUCUCAGUGAGAUCAUCGGACAAGUGGACAAGAAAGACAUCAAGAACCACCUCCAGCCCCUGGUGGAGCAGUACCCGGACAUAAGGGAGAAGCACCUGGCCGCCGUCCUCUACUUCCGCGGUCUGAUUCGGGGCCGUGAGCGGCAGGCCGUUCUCCGGCGCUUCUCCGAGCUCCAGAAGGAGGCCGGCCCCCGGGCGGCCGGGGGCAGCAGCCGGAGUCUGUUCAGAGACAUCCAGCCGGCAGGGAACCCAGGCUGGACGCUGCCCUUAGGCUGCCUGGGCUGCGGCCCCAGCUAGCCCCCAACCAGCCCCGACCCAGACCCAGAACCAGCCCCGACCAACAACCAGACCCAGAACCAGCCCUCACCCAGACCCAGAACCAGACCCCACCCAGACCCAGAACCAGAC